AUGACUUAUUCAAUACCACCAUCAACUGCAGAACAAUUAUUACUACUACCCGGAGAUAGCGCUUGUUUUACUCCCAAUACCUCAUCAAUUAGUUCAGCAUUAUCAUUUAAUAUUAAUAAUUAUAAUGGAGACAGCAGUGAUGGACGUUUAUUCAUAUCCCCUCUCAAAAUUGGCAUUCUAAAACGUGAAGAAAAUACGGAAAAUGAUCAGCUGACUGUUAACAAUGCAUAUAUUAAUGAAAAAAUAAUCAAAAAUGAUAAUACUGAACUGAAUAACUGGAUGGAUGAUUCUAAAUCAGUCUACAGUUUAUUCGAAACUGAAUAUGAUAUUAAAACAACAAAUCAGAAUAAAUUUCCUAACUGGACUUGGACCAAUCAUUCUGGAACUGCUUCAUGCUCCAAAGCAAGCAAGGAUAAAAUCCAUGCUUCAUCAUCUUUCUACCAUCUGCUCGAUAUGAAUGCUGAACAUGUGGAUAAUGUGACACAAAAAUUGCAUAUUCCAUCACAGUAUCAGCUAGAAGAAUUGCAAAACUUCGCACCAUAUGUUGAUGUCACAUAUGCUGAACGAACGCCUACGGUGCCAUAUCUUCCGCAUACCUUAACUAGAUCAGAAUACAUAUUUGACGAAAAUGGUAACAAUGCAGAAUACUAUGCUCUGUGA